AUGGCUGAGCGGAUUGCGAGGAACAGGGCUGCAGCCGCUGAGCGGCUGCGGGCGCGUGGGUUGCUCCAGGAGAAGGACCCGGCUCCCAAGACGAAAGGACCACCGCUGAAACCGAGUGUCAGGAAGAGCGACUACAUCGACUACGACUUCGCGACGCUCGAGAACCUCAACGGAGGGUACAUCAGCAGCCGCAGUGGGCCCGGUGAGGGUGGUGGAUCUGACGGUGCCGUUGGUACCUCUUUGGAGGAGUGGAAGGCCGCACAGCGGGAGAAGAGGGAACUGUUUGGUCCACAAGAGACUUUGGUGCCACCGCCAUCGCUAGAGGAUGCGCACACGAUGCGCAGGUGCAUGGAGUGCCGGAUCAACGUCGAGCUGGACCCAGUGCUAGAUAAAGUGUUCCAGCUCACCGUGUGCAAGCAGUGUGCUCGAGCUCAUCCGGAGAAGUACAGUCUGCUGACGAAGACCGAGUGCAAGGGCGACUACCUGCUGACCGAGUCCGAGUUGGCAGACGAUACACUGUUCCACCGGUGGGAAAGAGCGAACCCUCACGCGGCGACGUACGCUCGGAUGCAACUGUUCGUGCGGUGCGAGGUGGAACGGUUCGCCUCUUCGAAAUGGGGGUCCCUAGAGGCGCUGGACGCCGAGUGGGAACGGCGUGAGACGGACCGUAGGGACCGCAAGACGCGGAAGUACGACCGGGAGAUCAAGCAGAUGAGGCUGCGCACGAGAGCACAGGAGUUUACAAAGAAGUACCAUCGUGGGAAGUACGGUCCACGACACACGCACGAGUUUGUGACGCGCGAGGGUCCCAAGGACAUCGAGGGCACCGUCACACGACGGUGCACUGGUUGCGGUCUCGAAGUAGUCGAGGACCUCAUCGAGUAG